UGUUGCUCAACCUUGGCAAAUGCUCAGAAUGUAAGCGGAGCGGGGAAGUUGAAAGAGGCUGGGGCUGGGCUCAGGAGGAUGCCAAACCUGUCUGGGUUUCCUUCACCGCUCUACUCCUUCCCACCCUAGCGCAGGCUGAAAGGGGACAGAGAUCUCACGAAGCAACAGGGGAGACCCACUUGCCACCCGCAAAGGGAGCAGAAGAGUCACCUGCUUGUGCCAGGAGCGGGAGACUCGGAACAACUGCACAAACAGAAUGGAGGCAAGGGGCCCAGGGACACGGGGGCAAGCAGGGUCAGCAGCCAUGCCAGGGGGCUACAUCUCCCCCAGCAGCUCCUCAGCAGCACCAAAGGCAAACCCACACAUCAGGAGCAUUGCCGGAGUCUACGUGGAGGCCUCUUCUGGCAAGACGAUGAGCCUGAAUGAAGCUGUCCAGCAUCAUUUGCUGCACCCUGAUGUUGCAUCAGCUCUCUUGGAGGCCCAGGCAGCCACCGGUGGCAUCGUUGACCUUGCGGGAAAGCAGCUGGUCUCUGUGGCAGAGGCCCUGGAGAUGGGACUGGCAGGGCUGGAGAUGAAGGAGAAGCUGCUCUGCGCAGAGCGAGCAGCAACGGGCUUCACAGACCCUUAUACAGAGGAGAAGAUCUCCCUCUACCAAGCCUUGCAGAAAGAGCUCCUUGGAAGGGAACAAGGCCUGUAUCUGCUGGAUGCCCAGUUAGCCACCGGGGGCACCAUUGAGCCGUCCACUGGUCACCGCAUCCCUCCGCAAGAGGCUUAUGAGAAGGGCUACCUUGAUGAGAAACUAAGCAAUUUCCUCUCUGACCCUGAGAACGAGGAGGCCAAGGGCUUCCUGGACCCAAACAACAACCAGAAGGUCACCUACAUGGAGCUGAUGAGAAGGUGCAUUUGUGACCACACCAGCGGCCUGCUCUUGCUGCCCCUGAAAAUCUCCUUUCCUGGGCUGCGAGGGUCUGUGUGCAGCCAUGAGCUCCUGGAUGCUGGAAUCAUUGACUCAGCCAUGUUCAAAGCCCUCCAUGACGGGGAGCUCACGGCACAGGAAGUGGCGGAGCUGGACUCUGUCCAGGGGUACCUCUCUGGGACAAAGAGCAUUGCCGGUGUGGCACUGCUGCACGCCAAUGAAUGCAAGAGUCUGUACCAGGCCUUAGCGGAGCACCUCCUAGUGCCAGGCACAGCUGUGAUUCUCCUGCAGGCUCAGGCUGCGACAGGAUGCUUGAUAGACCCUGUAAGGAACGAGAAGUUCACGGCUGAUGCGGCCAUCCGUGCAGGAGUUGUUGGGCCAGAGCUCCACGAGAAACUGUCUUCGGCAGAGAAAGCAGUCACAGGGUACAAAGACCCCUACACUGGCGAGACGGUCUCUCUGUUUCAAGCCAUGAAGAAGGGGCUUGUGCCCAGGGACCCUGGCAUUUUCCUGCUGGAUGCCCAGUUUGCCACUGGAGGCAUCGUCGACCCCCACACGCAUCACCGGCUUCCUGUGGAGAUGGCCUGUCAGCGGGGCCACUUAGACAAGGACACAGAGAGCCUCCUCCGCAACCCCACAGAUGAGAUCCGUGGGUUCUUUGAGCCCAACUCCAAGGAGAACUUGUCCUAUGCAGAACUGCUCUUGAGGUGUGUCACAGAUCCAGACACGGGCCUCUGCCUCUUGCCUCUCUCAGGAGGCCAUGGAAGGGAGAACUCUUUCAUUAACCACAACACAAAGUCCGCUCUGGAGAACGCGGCUGUGUCGGUGUCCUGUGGGAAAUUCAAGGGGAAGCAGGUUUCACUCUGGAAGCUCCUCUUCUCAGACUACUUUACAGGACAGCAGAGGACAGACCUCAUCCAGCAGUUCCGCUCUGGGCGCCUUUCCACUCGGCAACUGGCUGACAAAGUCUCUCACACUGUCCAGCAAGCCGUGGCCAACUCCAGGGUCACCUUUGAGGGCUUGAGGGACAAGGUGACGCCCGCCCAGCUUCUGAGCUCAGACAUCAUCAACAAGAAUUUGUUUGAGAAGCUGACCCAAGGGGAGACCUUGGCCAAAGAUGUCGUCAGCAUGGGCACCGUGAAGAAGUAUCUGGAAGGGACGGGCAGCAUCAGUGGGCUGCUCCUGCCCGACUCCCAGGAGAAGAUCAGCAUCUACCAAGCGAAGAGGAAAGGCUUCCUGCGGCCAGGGACCUCCCUCAUCCUCCUGGAGGCUCAGGCUGCCACAGGAUAUAUCAUUGACCCUGCAGCCAACAAGAAAUACUCUGUGGACGAGGCCCUGAGGGCCAACGUAAUUGGCCCAGAUGUUUACGACAAGCUCCUGGCUGCCGAGAAAGCUGUCACUGGCUACAGGGAUCCUUACACAGGAGAAAAGAUCUCCCUCUUCCAGGCUAUGAUGAAGGAUCUGAUCAUCAGGGACCAUGCCAUCCGCCUGCUAGAAGCACAGAUAGCGACGGGGGGCAUCAUCGACCCCAUCAACAGCCACCGCCUGCCUGUGGAAGUUGCCUACAAACGGGGCUACUUUGACAAAAAGAUGAACCUGAUUCUCUCGGACCCCAGUGAUGACACCAAGGGCUUCUUUGACCCAAACACCCAUGAGAACCUGACCUACUUGCAGCUGAAGGAGAAGUGCAUCCUAGAGCCCUCAACCUCCCUCUGCCUCCUGCCACUGAACAGCAAGAAGCCGCGGUUCAUUGACGCCACCACCAAGCAAGCGUUCAGGGGCUCCUCGGUCUUUGUGAAAUACGGGCGCUUCCGAGGGCAAAGGGUCUCCCUGUGGGAUUUGCUGAACUCUGAGUACUUCAGCGAGGGCAAGAGGAGGGAAGUCUUCAACCAUUACUGCCUGCGGAAGGUCACUCUGGAGAAAAUCCGGCUCAUGUUGGAGGAGGAGAUGAAGAAAUGGGCCUGCAUCCAGUUCCCAGCCAUAAGGGGUCGCGUCACCGCCUACCACCUGAUGGAGAUGGGCAUAAUUGACAGGACCCUCUUUGAAAGUUUGCUGGAGGGAGCUGUGAGCCCAGAGGAGGUUCUGCGCAUGGGCUCCGUCCGGAAAUACCUCUAUGGCACUGGAAGCAUUGGAGGCAUCGUGCUGCAGCCCUCCAACGAACGAGUGAGUCUCUACGAAGCCAUGAAGAGGAACAUUGUAGUGCCAGGAGUAGCCGUGCCCUUACUUGAGGCACAAGCAGCCACUGGCUUCAUCGUUGACCCAGUGAAGAAUAAAAAACUUGGCCUGGAUGAGGCUGUGAAGGAAGGCCUUGUUGGCCCCGAGCUCUAUGAGAAACUCCAACGGGCAGAAGAGGCUGUCACUGGCUACAAGGAUCCUUUCACAGGCCAGAAGAUCUCCCUCUUCCAAGCCAUGAAGAAGGGCCUUGUGGCUGACAAACAAGCCAGGCAGCUGAUGGAUGCCCAGCUGUCAACGGGGGGUGUCAUUGAUCCGCACAGCGGACAUUAUGUCCCAGUAGAAUUUGCCCAGAAGAAAGGUUACUUGGAUGAGGACUUCAGCAAAACACUUUCCAACCCAAGCAGUGGUGCCCAAACUUUCAGCACUCUGGACAGAAAGGAGAUGGUGAGCUACAGCCAGCUGAUAGAUCAGUGUCAGAAGGAUGAAGCCUCUGGGGUCCACCUGCUCCCUCUGCCGCAAGCAGCUUCUCCUGCCUCCACAGAUGAGCAGAUCAAGCAGCUCUUCAGGGAGACCUAUGUGCAGGGCAAAAGGGCCUCCCUCUGGGAGCUCCUAAACUCUGGCUACUUCACGGAGGAGCAGAGAAGAGACUUCCUGGAGAAGUUUAGGUCUGAGGCAAUAUCACUACAGCAUCUGGUCACCCUUGUCCAGGAACUCAUCAAGGAAAUGGAACUGAAGGCUCAAACCCAGGUCACUUUCCAAGGCCUGAGAGGUGCGGUUCCCGCAGUCUGGCUUUUGGAUACUGGCAUCAUUUCGGAAAAGAUAUUCAGAGAGCUGGCUCAGGGCAGGAGGACAGCCAGAGAAGUGUCUGAGAUGGACAGCGUGAAGCAAUACCUGCAGGGCACUGGCAGCAUCGCUGGGGUCUUCCUUCAGGCCUCCAACGAGAAAAUGAGCAUUUACCAAGCUAUGCAGAGGAGCCUCCUUCUCCCCGGCACAGGGGCAACGCUUCUGGAAGCCCAGGCAGCGACGGGAUCCAUCACGGACCCCGUGACCAACCAGAGGCUUGGAGCAGAAGAGGCCGUCAAAGCUGGCAUUGUAGGCGAAGAACUUGUGGAGCAGCUACUGCAGGCUGAGAGGGCCCUGACAGGCUAUCCUGACCCCUACUCAGGGAAGCCCAUCUCAGUGUAUCAGGCAAUCCAGAAGGAGCUGAUCUCCACCACUGCUGGCAUCCCCUUGCUUGAGGCCCAGUUGGCCACUGGAGGGGUCAUCGAUCCCAUCCACCACCACCACCUUCCUCUCCAGGCGGCCUACAAGCACAACUUCUACGAUGAGGAAAUGCACAAGACCCUUUCUCAGCACACUGACGACACCUGCAUCUUCUUUGACCCCAACACACAGGAAAGCCUGACCUACCAGCAGCUGAAAGAGAGGUGUAUCCGGGAUGCCGAGACAGGACACUUGCUGCUUCCUCUCUCAGAAGAGGCCACUUUCUAUGCGGAUCGGCAGACCAUGGAAGUGCUUAAAUCUGUCACCGUCGGUGUCAACAUUGGGCGGUUCAAAGGCCAAGAGGCUUCGCUCUGGGACUUACUGAACUCUGAGUACAUCACCAACAACAAGCGGAGAGAGCUGGUGGCAGCAUACAAAGAGGGGAAUGCUGAGAUCCUUGAUGAGAUUGCAGUGGCUGCCUCCAAGAUCAUCGAAGACACAGAGCAGCAGAGCAAGAGGUUCACUUUCAAGGGCCUACGCAAACAGGUGUCAGCCAGUGACCUCUUCCAGUCGGAGCUCAUAGACAAGGAAACUCUGGACGAACUGAGAGAGGGGAAGAAAACUGUCCAGGAAGUCACCCAGAUGGAUUCAGUCAGCCGAUACCUUGAGGGCGGCAACUUCAUCGCUGGAGUCCUUCUGCAGCCAAGCCAGGAGAGGCUGAGCAUCUACCAGGCCAUGCGGCAGAGUCUCCUCCGGCCAGGGGCGGCUCUGGUGCUGCUGGAAGCCCAGGCUGCCACUGGCUUCCUCCUUGACCCAGUGAGGAACAAGAAGUUGUCAGUGGACGAAGCGUUGGCAGGCGGGCUGAUUGGAAGAGAGAUUUAUGAGAAGCUGAAGAGUGCAGAAAAAGCUGUGACAGGAUACACACACCCCUACACAAAAGAACAGAUCUCCCUCUUUGAGGCCAUGAAUGAAGGGCUCAUUGUGAAAAGCCAUGGCAUUCGUCUCCUGGAGGCCCAGAUAGCCACCGGGGGCAUCAUUGACCCUGUUCACAGCCACCGCAUCCCCGUAGAAGUAGCUUACAAACGAGGUUACUUUGAUGAAAAACUGAACCAAAUCCUUUUGGACCCCACAGAUGAUACCAAAGGCUUUUUUGACCCCAACACCCAUGAGAAUCUCACCUACUUGCAGCUUCUAGAACGUUGCACCCAAGAUCCAGAGACUGGACUGUACAUGCUGCAAAUAGUCAAAAGGGGUGGAAUGUACUUUUACAUCAACGAGGCAACCAAACAGCUCCUGCGAGCACAACCGAUGGAGAUGCACAUUGGCAGGUACAAAGGCCAAACUGUCUCCAUGUGGGACCUCCUUUGCUCCCCAUACAUUCAAGAACAGAGAAGGAAAGAGCUGGUGCGCCAAUACAAGUUUGAGGGUCUGACCCUGGAACAACUCGGCAAAGCCAUCACUGCUAUCAUCGAGGAAACGGAGCAGCAGAUGCAGGCGCUCAAGCUGAAGGGACCGAGGGGGGACGUGUCAGCGGCAGAACUCUUCAACUCCGAGAUCAUUGAUAAGAAGACGCUGGAUGGGCUUCACCAGGGGCCUUGUGCCCUCCACCAACUUGCCCAGAAGGACUCAGUGAAGCGAUACCUGGAGGGAACAGGCUGCAUCGCUGGAGUCGUAGUAGCCCAAGGGCAGAAGAUGACCAUCUAUGAAGCCAUGAAGAAAGGGACCCUGUCCCCAGAACAUGGUCUGAUGUUGCUGGAAGCACAGGCUGCCACCGGAUUCAUCAUCGACCCAUUGAAGAAGAAAACGUUCUCCGUUGACCAAGCGAUCUCUGUGAGGCUUGUGGGUGAAGACCUUCGAGAGAAACUUCUUUCUGCAGAGAAAGCCGUUACUGGCUACACUGACCCUUCCACAGGGAACAAAAUAUCUCUCUUCCAAGCCAUGAAAAAAAGCAUCGUAGAGAAAGGACUUGCUCUCAGGCUUCUGGAGGCCCAGAUUGCCACUGGUGGCAUCAUUGACCCUGUGCAUGGUCACCGCAUCCCUGUGGAGGUGGCUUACAAACGGGAGUGUUUGGAUGAGGGCACUUACCUCUGGCUUUCUGAUCCAAAAUAUGCUACCAAAGGAUUUGUGGAUCCCAACACCCAGGAAAGGAUUACCUACGCCCAGCUAUUGCACAGGUGCACCAAAGAGACAGGAAUGUACCUCCUACAGCUGCUGAGCAAGAGGGACUAUUUCUAUGUAGAUGAAAUAACAAAAAAUAUAUUUUCAUCCACCAAAGUAAAUGUAACACUUGGGAAAUUCAGGGGCCAGACUGUGUCUCUGUGGGACCUUCUUUCUUCAAGCUACUUCACUGAAGAGAAGAGGAACGAGCUGAUUAAAAAAUACAAACUGGAAUCUUCUGCUGUUCUGCAGCCCAUCACGGAUGAAAUUCUGAACAUAAUAAAAAAACACGAAGAAAAUAGAAGAGAUAUAUGGUUCCAAGGGCUACGGAAACAAGUAACAGCUUCAGAACUACUGAAAGCAGAAAUAAUAGGUAAAGAGACACUGAAAAGCCUGGAGGAAGGAAAGCAAACGGCAAAAGACGUGGCCAAGAUUGACUCGGUGAAGCGAUACCUGGAGGGCACCAGCUGCAUUGCCGGAGUGCUUGUGCCGUCCAAGACAGAUCCUUCCAAGACUGAGAAGAUGAGCAUCUACCAGGCCAUGUGGAAGAAUGUCUUGAGGCCAGGAACUGCUCUGGUGCUGCUGGAGGCACAAGCUGCCACUGGGUUCAUCAUUGACCCCCUGAAGAAUGAGAGACUGUCUGUAAAUGAGGCCAUCUCUGCCAGGCUGGUGGGUGGGGAAAUUCACAACAAGCUCCUUUGUGCUGAGAAAGCUGUCACUGGAUAUACUGAUCCAAACACAGGGAAAAAUAUAUCUCUUUUCCAGGCCAUGAAGAAAGAUCUGAUCAUCAAAGAGCACGGGAUCCGCCUGCUAGAAGCCCAGAUUGCUACAGGGGGCAUAAUUGACCCAGUCAACAGCCAUCGUGUCCCUGUUGAGGUGGCCUACAAACGGGGCUAUUUUGAUGAGGAAAUGAACCAAAUUCUCUCAGACCCCACUGAUGACACCAAGGGCUUCUUCGACCCCAACACCCACGAGAAUCUCACAUAUAUGCAGUUGCUUAAGAGAUGUGUUCAUGACACAGAAACUGGACUAAUGAUGCUUCAAAUACAGGAUCAGACCUCAAUUCCCUUCAGUUUGGAGGAAAACAUAAAGAAGACUUUGAGGUCUACGACAACAAGAGUAAAUGUGGGUCAUUUCCAAGGACAGGUGGUUUCCCUUUGGGAUCUCCUCUUCUCUAAAUACAUUACAGAAAAUAAAAGCCAAGAGAUCAUAAGACUGUACAAAUCUGGAAAAAUAACAAUUCAGGAAAUGAUUGAUACAUUGAUAUCAACCAUCAAAGAGAAAGAGGAGCAGAGCAUUAAUCAACAGAGAAAACAAGAACAUGACACUGCCCAGCCAUCCAUCAAAGAGAACUGGCAGAAGACCUUGAAGUCCACGACCCUCCAAAUGCCUGCGGGGCCGCAAAGAGGCCAGACAGUCACUGUGUGGGACCUGCUCUUCUCCAACUAUAUCACGGAAGAAAAGAGGGCAGAGUUCUUGAACUUGUACAAGAGAGGGAUGCUACCAAUGGACCGGUUGAUCCAUGUCCUCACCACCCUGGUCACAAAAAAGGAAUCCACAAGUAGGAAAUUGGACAUUAAAGUGAGAAGCCCCAGCAACAAUGACUCUGAGCGGGAGGGGGACGGGGAGGAGGAAGAUGAUGAUGAUGAAGAGGAGAUGGACGCACCAGAACUGGGAGAAAAGGAAGUGGCUCUGAAAUCCCGGAAGGUUAAAGUCACCGCAAGCGCGUUCCACGGAAAGGAGGUGUCCGUGUGGGACGUGCUCCACUCCAAAUACAUCCCUGAGGAGAAGCAGAAGGAGCUGUUUCAACUCUACAAAUCUGGCAUCCUCACCAUUGACCAAAUGGAAACCGUAGUCACCGCCAUCGUCAACAAAACAGAGGAGGAGAAAAGGAAGGAAGCAUCCCAUUCGCCCUCGCCCUCGGGAAGCUGGGAAGAGCCCUUGCGGAAUCACACCGUGGUCCUGCAUGUCGGUGAGUUCCAGGGGCAAGAAGUCUCCCUGUGGGACCUCCUCUUCUCUCAAUACAUUCCAGAAGCCCAGAGAGAGGAGCUCUUCACAAAGCACCGGUCAGGAAUCCUCAGCAUUCAGGAAAUUAUUAUGACACUGGCCCCCCUUCUCACAGAGACAGGAGGAAGCCACGGCGGAGAUAGAGAAGGUGCCCGCAGUCCCAGCAGGGAAAGGACUCCGUCCCAAGGAGAUCCUGCUGCAGCAUCCUCAAGCGAGGAAGAACUGGAAAGUGCCUUGCGGCAGGUGACCGUGGAGGUGCCCUCGGGCGAGUUCCAAGGCCACAGGCAGUCCGCAUGGGAUCUUCUCUUCUCCAAAUACGUGACUGCAGACAAACGGCAGGAACUCCUGGAGAAGUUCCGAGCAGGAUCCUUGACCAGCGAGGAGCUCGUCCGAAGGAUCACCAUCCUCAUUGAGGAGAUGGAGGAAAAGAGCAACAAGCUGAAAUUUUUUGGGCUCAGGAGGCAGGUGACGGCCUCGGAGCUCUUCAACUCGGAAAUCAUUGACAAGGAAACACUCUCUGAACUCACGCACGGAACCAAAACUGUAGAAGAGGUCACGGAAAGAGAUUCGGUGAAGCGAUACCUGGAGGGCACCAGCUGCAUUGCCGGAGUUCUCGUGCCGUCCCGCUCAGACCCUUCCAAGACAGAGAAGAUGACCAUCUACCAGGCCAUGUGGAAAGGCUUCUUGAGGCCGGGCACCGCCCUGGUGCUGCUGGAGGCACAGGCCGCCACGGGGUUCAUCACGGACCCUCUGAAGAACGAGAAGCUCUCUGUCGACGAAGCUGUCUCUGCCGACCUGGUGGGUGCUGAGCUGAAGGACAAGCUUCUCUCUGCAGAGAGAGCCGUGACCGGAUACAACGACCCCUACACGGGGAACAAGAUCUCCCUUUUCCAGGCCAUGAGGAAAGGCCUCAUCGUCAAAGAUCACGGCAUCCGCCUCCUGGAGGCUCAGAUCGCCACUGGCGGCAUAAUCGACCCAGUGCAAAGUCAUCGCCUCCCCGUCAACGUAGCAUACAAGCGGGGCUUCUUUGACGAGGAAAUGAACCGCGUCCUCUCAGAUCCCACCGAUGACACCAAGGGCUUCUUCGACCCCAACACCCACGAGAACCUCACGUACUUGCAGCUCCGGCACAGGUGUCUCCCUGAUCCUGAGACCGGUCUGUUGAUGCUCCAAGUGAUGGACAAGGGCUCCUUUUCCUUCUAUCUGAACGACAGCACCAGGAAGGUCCUGCAGUCUGCCAAGACCAGGGUUGGCGUGGGCCUAUUCGAGGGCCAAGAUGUCUCCGCCUGGGACCUCCUCUUCUCCAGAUACAUCUCUCCGCAUAAGAGGAUGGAGCUGCUGAGGCAAUACAAAGCUGGCACCCUAACCCUUGAGGAGAUCACCCACAACCUCGUUGCCAUCGUUACCGAGACAGAGGAAAGGAACACCAAGCUGACGGGCCACGAACACGCUCCACGUACACCUCAAGCAACAUCACCAAAGCGAGACCCUGCCCAGCCAUCCUUCGAAGAGAACUGGCAGAAGACCUUGAAGUCCACGACCCUCCAAAUGCCUGCGGGGCCGCAAAGAGGCCAGACAGUCACUGUGUGGGAGCUGCUCUUCUCCAACUAUAUCACGGAAGAAAAGAGGGCAGAGUUCUUGAACUUGUACGAGAGAGGGAUGCUACCAAUGGACCGGUUGAUCCAUGUCCUCACCACCCUGGUCACAAAAAAGGAAUCCACAAGUAGGAAAUUGGACAUUAAAGUGAGAAGCCCCGGCAAAAAUGACUCUGAGCGGGAGGAGGAGGAGGAGGAAGAGGAAGAUGAUGAUGAUGAUGAAGAGGAGAUGGACGUGCCAGAACUGGGAGAAAAGGAAGUGGCUCUGAAAUCCCGGAAGGUUAAAGUCACCGCAAGCGCGUUCCACGGAAAGGAGGUGUCCGUGUGGGACGUGCUCCACUCCAAAUACAUCCCUGAGGAGAAGCGGAAGGAGCUGCUUCAACUCUACGAAUCUGGCACCCUCACCAUUGACCAAAUGGAAACCGUAGUCACCGCCAUCGUCAACAAAACAGAGGAGGAGAAAAUGAAGGAAGCAUCCCAUUCGCCCUCGCCCUCGGGAAGCUGGGAAGGGCCCUUGCGGAAUCACACCGUGGUCCUGCAUGUCGGUGAGUUCCAGGGGCAAGAAGUCUCCCUGUGGGACCUCCUCUUCUCUCAGUACAUUCCAGAAGCCCAGAGAGAGGAGCUCCUCACAAAGUACCAGUCAGGAAUCCUCAGCAUUCAGGAAAUGAUCAUGACGCUGGCCCCCCUUCUCACAGAGACAGGAGGAAGCCACGGCGGAGAUAGAGAAGGUGCCCACAGUCCCAGCAGGGAAAGGACUCCGUCCCAAGGAGAUGCUGCUGCUGCUGCUGCUGCUGCUGCUGCUGCUGCUGCAUCCUCGCGCGAGGAAGAACUGGAAAGUGCCUUGCGGCGGGUGACCGUAGAGGUGCCCUCGGGCGAGUUCCAAGGCCACAGGCAGUCCGCAUGGGAGCUUCUCUUCUCCAAAUACGUGACCGCAGACAAACGGCAGGAACUCCUGGAGAAGUUCCGAGCAGGAUCCUUGACCAGCGAGGAGCUCGUCCGAAGAAUCACCAUCCUCAUUGAGGAGAUGGAGGAAAAGAGCAACAAGCUGAAAUUCUCGGGGCUCAGGAGGCAGGUGACGGCCUCGGAGCUCUUCAACUCGGAAAUCAUUGACAAGGAAACACUCUCUGAACUCACGCACGGAACCAAAACUGUAGAAGAGGUCACGGAAAGAGAUUCGGUGAAGCGAUACCUGGAGGGCACCAGCUGCAUUGCCGGAGUUCUGGUGCCGUCCCGCUCAGACCCUUCCAAGACAGAGAAGAUGACCAUCUACCAGGCCAUGUGGAAAGGCUUCUUGAGGCCGGGCACCGCCCUGGUGCUGCUGGAGGCACAGGCCGCCACGGGGUUCAUCACGGACCCUCUGAAGAACGAGAAGCUCUCUGUCGACGAAGCUGUCUCUGCCGAGCUGGUGGGUGCUGAGCUGAAGGACAAGCUUCUCUCUGCAGAGAGAGCCGUGACCGGAUACAACGACCCCUACACGGGGAACAAGAUCUCCCUUUUCCAGGCCAUGAGGAAAGGCCUCAUCGUCAAAGAUCACGGCAUCCGCCUCCUGGAGGCUCAGAUCGCCACUGGCGGCAUAAUCGACCCAGUGCAAAGUCAUCGCCUCCCCGUCAACGUAGCAUACAAGCGGGGCUUCUUUGACGAGGAAAUGAACCGCGUCCUCUCAGAUCCCACCGAUGACACCAAGGGCUUCUUCGACCCCAACACCCACGAGAACCUCACGUACUUGCAGCUCCGGCACAGGUGUCUCCCUGAUCCUGAGACCGGUCUGUUGAUGCUCCAAGUGAUGGACAAGGGCUCCUUUUCCUUCUAUCUGAACGACAGCACCAGGAAGGUCCUGCAGUCUGCCAAGACCAGGGUUGGCGUGGGCCUAUUCGAGGGCCAAGAUGUCUCCGCCUGGGACCUCCUCUUCUCCAGAUACAUCUCUCCGCAUAAGAGGAUGGAGCUGCUGAGGCAAUACAAAGCUGGCACCCUAACCCUUGAGGAGAUCACCCACAACCUCGUUGCCAUCGUUACCGAGACAGAGGAAAGGAACACCAAGCUGACGGGCCACGAACACGCUCCACGUACACCUCAAGCAACAUCACCAAAGCGAGACCCGGCCCAGCCAUCCUUCGAAGAGAAGACCUUGAAGUCCACGACCCUCCAAAUGCCUGCGGGGCCGCAAAGAGGCCAGACAGUCACUGUGUGGGACCUGCUCUUCUCCAACUAUAUCACGGAAGAAAAGAGGGCCGAGUUCUUGAACUUGUACGAGAGAGGGAUGCUACCAAUGGACCGGUUGAUCCAUGUCCUCACCACCCUGGUCACAAAAAAGGAAUCCACAAGUAGGAAAUUGGACAUUAAAAUGAGAAGCCCCAGCAAAAAUGACCCUGAGCGGGAGGGGGAGGAGGAGGUGGAGGAAGAUGAUGAUGAUGAAGAUGAUGAAGAGGAGAUGGACGCACCAGAACUGGGAGAAAAGGAAGUGGCUCUGAAAUCCCGGAAGGUUAAAGUCACCGCAAGCGCGUUCCACGGAAAGGAGGUGUCCGUGUGGGACGUGCUCCACUCCAAAUACAUCCCUGAGGAGAAGCGGAAGGAGCUGCUUCAACUAUAUAAAUCUGGCAUCCUCACCAUUGACCAAAUGGAAACCGUAGUCACCGCCAUCGUCAACAAAACAGAGGAGGAGAAAAGGAAGGAAGCAUCCCAUUCGCCCUCGGGAAGCUGGGAAGAGCACUUGCGGAAUCACACCGUGGUCCUGCAUGUCGGUGAGUUCCAGGGGCAAGAAGUCUCCCUGUGGGACCUGCUCUUCUCUCAGUACAUUCCAGAAGCCCAGAGAGAGGAGCUCCUCACAAAAUACCGGUCAGGAAUCCUCAGCAUUCAGGAAAUAAUUGAUACAUUGAUAUCAACCAUCAAAGAGAAAGAGGAGCAGAGCAUUAAUCAACAGAGAAAACUAGAACAUGACACUGCCCACCCAUCCAUCAAAGAGAACUGGCAGAAGACCUUGAAGUCCACGACCCUCCAAAUGCCUGCGGGGCCGCAAAGAGGCCAGACAGUCACUGUGUGGGACCUGCUCUUCUCCAACUAUAUCACGGAAGAAAAGAGGGCAGAGUUCUUGAACUUGUACAAGAGAGGAAUGCUACCAAUGGACCGGUUCAUCCAUGUCCUCACCACCCUGGUCACAAAAAAGGAAUCCACAAGUAGGAAAUUGGACAUUAAAGUGAGAAGCCCCGGCAAAAAUGACUCUGAGCGGGAGGAGGAGGAGGAGGAAGAAGAAGAUGAUGAUGAUGAAGAGGAUGAAGAGGAGAUGGACGCGCCAGAACUGGGAGAAAAGGAAGUGGCUCUGAAAUCCCGGAAGGUUAAAGUCACCGCAAGCGCGUUCCAUGGAAAGGAGGUGUCCGUGUGGGACGUGCUCCACUCCAAAUACAUCCCUGAGGAGAAGCGGAAGGAGCUGCUUCAACUCUACAAAUCUGGCACCCUCACCAUUGACCAAAUGGAAACCGUAGUCACCGCCAUCGUCAACAAAACAGAGGAGGAGAAAAGGAAGGAAGCAUCCCAUUCGCCCUCGGGAAGCUGGGAAGAGCCCUUGCGGAAUCACACCGUGGUCCUGCAUGUCGGUGAGUUCCAGGGGCAAGAAGUCUCCCUGUGGGACCUCCUCUUCUCUCAGUACAUUCCGGAAGCCCAGAGAGAGGAGCUCUUCACAAAGUACCGGUCAGGAAUCCUCAGCAUUCAGGAAAUGAUCAUGACGCUGGCCCCCCUUCUCACAGAGACAGGAGGAAGCCACGGCGGAGAUAGAGAAGGUGCCCGCAGUCCCAGCAGGGAAAGGACUCCGUCCCAAGGAGAUGCUGCUGCAGCAUCCUCAAGCGAGGAAGAACUGGAAAGUGCCUUGCGGCGGGUGACCGUGGAGGUGCCCUCGGGCGAGUUCCAAGGCCACAGGCAGUCCGCAUGGGAUCUUCUCUUCUCCAAAUACGUGACCGCAGACAAACGGCAGGAACUCCUGGAGAAGUUCCGAGCAGGAUCCUUGACCAGCGAGGAGCUCGUCCGAAGAAUCACCAUCCUCAUUGAGGAGAUGGAGGAAAAGAGCAACAAGCUGAAAUUCUCGGGGCUCAGGAGGCAGGUGACGGCCUCGGAGCUCUUCAACUCAGAAAUCAUUGACAAGGAAACACUCUCUGAACUCACGCACGGAACCAAAACUGUAGAAGAGGUCACGGAAAGAGAUUCGGUGAAGCGAUACCUGGAGGGCACCAGCUGCAUUGCCGGAGUUCUCGUGCCGUCCCGCUCAGACCCUUCCAAGACAGAGAAGAUGACCAUCUACCAGGCCAUGUGGAAAGGCUUCUUGAGGCCGGGCACCGCCCUGGUGCUGCUGGAGGCACAGGCCGCCACGGGGUUCAUCACGGACCCUCUGAAGAACGAGAAGCUCUCUGUCGACGAAGCUGUCUCUGCCGACCUGGUGGGUGCUGAGCUGAAGGACAAGCUUCUCUCUGCAGAGAGAGCCGUGACCGGAUACAACGACCCCUACACGGGGAACAAGAUCUCCCUUUUCCAGGCCAUGAAGAAAGGCCUCAUCGUCAAAGAUCACGGCAUCCGCCUCCUGGAGGCUCAGAUCGCCACUGGCGGCAUAAUCGACCCAGUGCAAAGUCAUCGCCUCCCCGUCAACGUAGCAUACAAGCGGGGCUUCUUUGACGAGGAAAUGAACCGCGUCCUCUCAGAUCCCACCGAUGACACCAAGGGCUUCUUCGACCCCAACACCCACGAGAACCUCACGUACUUGCAGCUCCGGCACAGGUGUCUCCCUGAUCCUGAGACCGGUCUGUUGAUGCUCCAAGUGAUGGACAAGGGCUCCUUUUCCUUCUAUCUGAACGACAGCACAAGGAAGGCCCUGCAAUCCGCCAAGACCAGGGUUGGCGUGGGCCUAUUCGAGGGCCAAGAUGUCUCCGCCUGGGACCUCCUCUUCUCCAGAUACAUCUCUCCGCAUAAGAGGAUGGAGCUGCUGAGGCAGUACAAAGCUGGCACCCUAACCCUUGAGGAGAUCACCCACAACCUCGUUGCCAUCGUUACCGAGACAGAGGAAAGGAACACCAAGCUGACGGGCCACGAACACGCUCCACGUACACCUCAAGCAACAUCACCAAAGCGAGACCCUGCCCAGCCAUCCUUCGAAGAGAACUGGCAGAAGACCUUGAAGUCCACGACCCUCCAAAUGCCUGCGGGGCCGCAAAGAGGCCAGACAGUCACUGUGUGGGACCUGCUCUUCUCCAACUAUAUCACGGAAGAAAAGAGGGCAGAGUUCUUGAACUUGUACAAGAGAGGGAUGCUACCAAUGGACCGGUUGAUCCAUGUCCUCACCACCCUGGUCACAAAAAAGGAAUCCACAAGUAGGAAAUUGGACAUUAAAGUGAGAAGCCCCAGCAACAAUGACCCUCAGCGGGAGGGGGAGGAGGAGGAAGAUGAUGAUGAUGAUGAAGAUGAUGAAGAGGAGAUGGACACGCCAGAACUGGGAGAAAAGGAAGUGGCUCUGAAAUCCCGGAAGGUUAAAGUCACCGCAAGCGCGUUCCAUGGAAAGGAGGUGUCCGUGUGGGACGUGCUCCACUCCAAAUACAUCCCUGAGGAGAAGCGGAAGGAGCUGCUUCAACUCUACAAAUCUGGCACCCUCACCAUUGACCAAAUGGAAACCGUAGUCACUGCCAUCGUCAACAAAACAGAGGAGGAGAAAAUGAAGGAAGCAUCCCAUUCGCCCUCGCCCUCGGGAAGCUGGGAAGGGCCCUUGCGGAAUCACACCGUGGUCCUGCAUGUCGGUGAGUUCCAGGGGCAAGAAGUCUCCCUGUGGGACCUCCUCUUCUCUCAGUACAUUCCAGAAGCCCAGAGAGAGGAGCUCCUCACAAAGUACCGGUCAGGAAUCCUCAGCAUUCAGGAAAUGAUCAUGACGCUGGCCCCCCUUCUCACAGAGACAGGAGGAAGCCACAGCGGAGAUAGAGAAGGUGCCCGCAGUCCCAGCAGGGAAAGGACUCCGUCCCAAGGAGAUGCUGCUGCAGCAUCCUCAAGCGAGGAAGAACUGGAAAGUGCCUUGCGGCGGGUGACCGUGGAGGUGCCCUCGGGCGAGUUCCAAGGCCACAGGCAGUCCGCAUGGGAUCUUCUCUUCUCCAAAUACGUGACCGCAGACAAACGGCAGGAACUCCUGGAGAAGUUCCGAGCAGGAUCCUUGACCAGCAAGGAGCUCGUCCGAAGGAUCACCAUCCUCAUUGAGGAGAUGGAGGAAAAGAGCAACAAGCUGAAAUUUUCUGGGCUCAGGAGGCAGGUGACGGCCUCGGAGCUCUUCAACUCGGAAAUCAUUGACAAGGAAACACUCUCUGAACUCACGCACGGAACCAAAACUGUAGAAGAGGUCACGGAAAGAGAUUCGGUGAAGCGAUACCUGGAGGGCACCAGCUGCAUUGCCGGAGUUCUGGUGCCGUCCCGCUCAGACCCUUCCAAGACAGAGAAGAUGACCAUCUACCAGGCCAUGUGGAAAGGCUUCUUGAGGCCGGGCACCGCCCUGGUGCUGCUGGAGGCACAGGCCGCCACGGGGUUCAUCACGGACCCUCUGAAGAACGAGAAGCUCUCUGUCGACGAAGCUGUCUCUGCCGAGCUGGUGGGUGCUGAGCUGAAGGACAAGCUUCUCUCUGCAGAGAGAGCCGUGACCGGAUACAACGACCCCUACACGGGGAACAAGAUCUCCCUUUUCCAGGCCAUGAAGAAAGGCCUCAUCGUCAAAGAUCACGGCAUCCGCCUCCUGGAGGCUCAGAUCGCCACUGGCGGCAUAAUCGACCCAGUGCAAAGUCAUCGCCUCCCCGUCAACGUAGCAUACAAGCGGGGUUUCUUUGACGAGGAAAUGAACCGCGUCCUCUCAGAUCCCACCGAUGACACCAAGGGCUUCUUCGACCCCAACACCCACGAGAACCUCACGUACUUGCAGCUCCGGCACAGGUGUCUCCCUGAUCCUGAGACUGGUCUGUUGAUGCUCCAAGUGAUGGACAAGGGCUCCUUUUCCUUCUAUCUGAAUGACAGCACCAGGAAGGCCCUGCAGUCUGCCAAGACCAGGGUUGGCAUGGGCCUAUUCGAGGGCCAAGAUGUCUCUGCCUGGGACCUCCUCUUCUCCAGAUACAUCUCUCCGCAUAAGAGGAUGGAGCUGCUGAGGCAGUACAAAGCUGGCACCCUAACCCUUGAGGAGAUCACCCACAACCUCGUUGCCAUCGUUACCGAGACAGAGGAAAGGAACACCAAGCUGACGGGCCAUGAAAACGCUCCACGUACACCUCAAGCAACAUCACCAAAGCGAGACCCGGCCCAGACAUCCUUCGAAGAGAACUGGCAGAAGACCUUGAAGUCCACGACCCUCCAAAUGCCUGCUGGGCCGCAAAGAGGCCAGACAGUCACUGUGUGGGACCUGCUCUUCUCCAACUAUAUCACGGAAGAAAAGAGGGCAGAGUUCUUGAGCUUGUACAAGAGAGGGAUGCUACCAAUGGACCGGUUGAUCCAUGUCCUCACCACCCUGGUCACAAAAAAGGAAUCCACAAGUAGGAAAUUGGACAUUAAAGUGAGAAGCCCCAGCAAAAAUGACUCUGAGCGGGCGGAGGAGGAGGAAGAUGAUGAUGAUGAAGCUGAGGAGGAGGAGAUGGACGCGCCAGAACUGGGAGAAAAGGAAGUGGCUCUGAAAUCCCGGAAGGUUAAAGUCAACGCAAGCGCGUUCCACGGAAAGGAGGUGUCCGUGUGGGACGUGCUCCACUCCAAAUACAUCCCUGAGGAGAAGCGGAAGGAGCUGCUUCAACUAUAUAAAUCUGGCAUCCUCACCAUUGACCAAAUGGAAACCGUAGUCACCGCCAUCGUCAACAAAACAGAGGAGGAGAAAAUGAAGGAAGCAUCCCCUUCGCCCUCGGGAAGCUGGGAAGAGCCCUUGCAGAAUCACACCGUGGUCCUGCAUGUCGGUGAGUUCCAGGGGCAAGAAGUCUCCCUGUGGGACCUCCUCUUCUCUCAGUACAUCUCAGAGGGCAAAAGAGAAGAGCUUCUAAGCAUAUAUAGAAAUUGUCAACUAACUCCUGAGGAAUUGGCAGCUGUUCUUUCUACUCUUAUUACUGAAAUGUCAGAGCAACGCCAUAAACCUUAUGCAGAUAAUCUCUCAUCUGCUGACAUAGCUUCAUCUGGGACAGAAGAAGCAUCACUUCUGGAAUGGGAAGAAAAGGAAAAAGCUCUAAAAUCCCGAAUGGUGGAGGUCACCAUAGGUGAGUUCCGUGGACGGAAGCUUUCUGUGUGGGACAUCCUUCACUCCAAGUACAUCCCUGAGGAGAAGCAGGAGGAGUUGUUGAAGCUGUACAGAUCAGGGGUCCUCACCACUGACCAAGUCGAAACUGUUGCCACCUCCAUUGUCACUAAAACUGAGGAGCAUCCGGAGAGGACUUCACAUCUUAGCAGUGAUGCAAUUGAGCAAAAGGAUAUUGAAGCUCCAGAGUCAUCAUACUAUGACCUUCUCCAGCACACCUUGCGCCUUAAAAAUAUCGAUGUCACCAUACGAGAAAUCCAUGAUCAAAAGGCUUCCGUCUGGGAUCCUUUCUUUUCACGGUUUGUCUCCAAUAUCAGGAAAGAGGAGAUUGUACACAGACAUGGAGCACCAACCGUAAGCGUUAAAGAAAGUAUUCAAAGCAUCACUACACUUAUUACACAACCCACAAUGGGUAGUGGCACACCAUGCAGAAGUGAGGAAAUUCCCAUGGAAGACAUUAAACCACCCAGGACACUUGACGCUUCUCAGGCAGAAGACCAAGAGAGAACGCAGGAUGCUUUGAAAUCCAGACUGGUCAACGUAUCCAUUGGUCAAUUUCAUGAGCCCCAUGUAUCAUUGUGGGAUCUGCUCCAUUCUCAUUAUAUCCCCGAGGAGAAACGGAAGGAGCUGCUGCAACUGUACCAGUCUGGCAUCCUCACCAUUGACCAAAUGGAAACCGUCGUGACUUCUAUCAUCAACAGAACAGAGGAGGAGAAAGUCACUGACCCUGGAUGUGUUGCAAGUCCAAAACAAGAGACACGAUUGCCAGACAGAGCUGAGAACAUUUGCCUCUCCCCUUCCUCUUCUUUGGAAAACAUGCUACGCUCUGAGAGUUUUGUGGUACCAGUUGGAGAGUUCAAAGGGCAGAUGGUGUCUUGCUGGAAUCUUCUCUUCUCCAAAUACAUCUCAGAGGAGAAGAAGCAGGAACUUCUAAACAAAUGUGAAGCCAAAGCGCUCUCUGUGCAGGAACUAAUUGGCAUUCUCACCAGCAUCAUCACCGAAAUGGAAAAGCGUGACAGAGAUCAGCCAGCAAGUGCGGAGGGCAGCCUCGCGGAGGAACACGCCAAUUCACAUGCACGGCAGCAGCAGCUGAGGAAAUCCUUGAGGACAACUAUGGUCCACGUGACUGCAGGAGAGUACAAGGGGCAAAAGGUUUGUGUGCUGGAUCUUCUGUUUUCUAAGUAUGUCCCUCAAGAUAAAAGGCAAGAGUUCCUUGAAUUGUACAGAGCAGGGACAUUGCCCAUUCAAGAAAUGAUAACCACGAUCACUGCCAUGAUUGAUGAGGUUGAAAGCAAACGUGGGAAGCACAACACAAACAGAAAAACGUCCUGCAGAAAAGGGAAAGUAUGUUGGAAAGACCAGGGUGCCCACUUAUAGCCAAGUGAGUCAUCAAAGCCUGGUGGUUCAUUCGGCUCUCUCUAACCAAAGGCUGCCCGCCCCGCCCCCCAGCAUCCAUCCUUAACCAACAUUCUCCUUCACAAGAACACCACGGAUGGGCCCUGUCAGCAGGAAGCUGUUCAUCUGCUGUGAACUUUUGAGAGAGUUCUUAAUGUUUCUCACUGUUCUCUACCACUGCAUUUGCACACUGGUGGGGGCCUGGGGCACUUCUUGUUUUGAGCAUCUGGAAAUGAAUACUUGA